GCUCGAUUGGCGCUGCCUGGCGGUUCCGGUGCCGCGCUGGCUGUCCAUUCUGGGCGAUGCGGAGACGGCGGAGCUGAUCUGGGCCUUGCGGGUUGCCGUCAUGGCGAAUGUGUACUCCCUGGACGGGCUCUUGGUCUUCGGGUUGCUCUUCAUAUGCACCUGCGCCUAUUUCCGGAAGGUGCCCCGGCUGAAAGCUUGGCUGCUCUCCGAGAAGAGGGGCGUCUGGGGGGUCUUCUACAAAGCGGCGGUGAUUGGUACAAGACUCCAUGCAGUAGUAGCAAUGUCCUGCAUUGUCAUGGCUUUUUAUGUCCUUUUCAUAAAAUGAAUCCCAUCUCAUCGGAUGGACAGUGCUGUUUGAACAAUGAUGCUAUAGAAGGCCUAUCUCUCUGGCUUCAGAGGACAUUAUCUCUUAGAGGAACGUACACAGAACCUUACACAGAUGUCAAGAGGAUAUUCUCCUAUGGCCAAGCCAUCUUUCAGACCAAGGGAGUAGUUUUGGUAAUAACAACCACCCUCUGUGCUUCUAGUAGAGCUUGAAUGUCAACAAAUACUGUUUCAUGUGCAGAUUAUUAAAAUCAGUGUUACAGUCUGCAGAAAGUAAACAUCAUAGGUUUGUGGUAAAUAGAAAUGGGUAAGGUGAAUUAUUGCUGGCAAAUAGAAAUGGAAAGGCUUUCUCCAAGGUCUGGCAGAAUUAGAAAGUGCAAACGUUUUCCUGUCUGGUGUUCUAAAGGGAAUUGCUCUAAAUAUCCAAAAUUUAACAGUGAGGGAAGAUAGAGGUUUGCUUUUAUUUCUUUUCCUCCUUGAUUAAUGCAGUUUUAAGAUUGGGGAUAAAGCUAUGAUAAAAAUGAAUUAUUGGAAAACUAUAUGGAAAUCUAGCUAGUCGUAAAUUUCUUGCAUUCUUUGGAAAAGUGCUUAUGUGCUCUGUAUUCUUGAACAAAGACAACAUCUGCACCACAAAUGAAAGAAAUUGAUAUUUUGUGAUCUAUUCACAUCUGCCUUGGAAUAAUUAACAGUCUUGCUACCUUUUACAGAUAGCUAGAGUCCUGAAAUGCUUCACAUUCCGAAAAUCCUAGCCCAAAAUUAAAAAUUGCCAACAACAUAAACACAGCCAGUUUCUGGCUGUCAAUGUAGAAGGAGAAAGCAAUGAGGACAUACGCUGUUACAUUAUGUUAAUAGAUGUUGAAAUGUUUAAAUCACAUUGAAAGAUCCAAACAUGUAUAUUUUGGAAAGUGUACAGACUUUAAAAGUGAAGAUUUGUGUUUAUGUUCUUUAUUUUUAAUUAUACAGUUAUUCUCUUUAUUCCACAUUUUAAUUUGAAUGGUCCUUUUCUGUUACUUUGUGCUUCAAGUGUUGGAGGUAAAUCUCCUACAUUAAAAGCAUGUUUAACUUGUAUAUUUGAAGUUUAUGUUGAUGAAAAUUAUACAAACUCCAAAGUGGUUUCAGAGUUGAGACCUAAUCUUUUAACAACAAAAAUUCCAUUAUUUGUAUAAUGCUGGUUAAAUCUGAAAAAAGUUUUGUUUUUUCCCAACUUUGUACAUUUUUUUUCAGACAGAAAUCUAUCACAUUCAAGUCCUAUCUUGGCCUCUGGUAUUCCAGCAAUAUGUGUAUGAAUAAAUCUGCCUUAUUGUUCUUUCCCAUACUUCAUAUUUAA